AUGGCGGAGCUCAUCAUCUCGGCGGUUGUCGGGGACAUGGUCGGUAGGGUGAUAUCUCUUCUCGCUGGCCGGUUCAAAGGCCAAGGGUGCACCGAAGCCAAGCUACGGAGGAUUUGCCAUAUGCUUGUCAAGGUUCACAGUGCGGUAGAGGAGGCCAAAGGGAGGCAGAUCACAAACUGCGGCACCCUCGAGUGGCUCUCGGAGCUCAACGACGGUGUGUACCAGGGCCGCUACUUGCUCAACACGGUCCGAUGCAGAGAGCAGGAGCUUGACAAUGAGCAUGCUGACAAGGUAGUUGCACAACCUUUCUCUUUCUCCUUGUUUAAUCCUGCAAAGCGUGUGCGCAUAGCAGCCGGCGCCAUGAAGAGCCUAUUGUCUGGCCAUGAUGUUGGUGUUGGUGAGGACAUAGAUAGAGUGGUAGAGAUCUUGGAAACCGUAUCUACUGAUCUCAAGGAGUUCAUGAUGCUCCUACACAACUGCCAGCCCAUCCAUCGUCCUUUGGCUACUAAUAUCUUUGUCGAGGGGCAGAUGUUCGGCAGACACAUCGACAAAGAGAGGAUCAUCAACUUCCUGCUGCACGAUGGUGGUUCGUCAACUGAAGAAAAAGUGGGUGUGCUUCCCAUCGUCGGCGACAUAGGAGUCGGGAAGACCACCCUUGCGCAGCAUGUCUGCGAUGAUAAGAGGGUGCGCAGCCACUUUCCAAUAAUCUUAUAUUCCAAUCUCUCAUACACCAGGGCAAUGGCAAGGGGUGAGGCAGCGUUAGUUCUAGGAUCCAGACACACAGUUAAAGAUGCUAAAGAAUUCAUCGAGUCACUGCAUGUACUCAAGCAGAAAUACUUCACCAAGAGGUUCUUGAUGGUAUUUGAAGAUGUUGACGCGGACAAGAAGCAGAUGCUAGAAGAGAUACUGCUGAUCUUAAGACAUGGAAAACAUGGAAGCAGGAUCAUAAUCACCACAAACAGCAGGGCCAUCGCGGCGAGCAUGGGAACGGUGCGGCCGAUCAGUCUGAAGGUCAUGCCGCACCAGGAGUACUGGUUCUUCUUCAAAGCGCACGCGUUUGCCGGCAGAGAUGUAGAGGAGGACCCAAGGAUGCUAGCAGAAGGCAAAGCGAUUGCAAGGAAGUUAAACGGGUCCUUCUUCGGAGCGAAAAUCAUCGGCGGGGUGCUGAAGGCUCAUCCGAAUCCUCGGUUCUGGCGCAAGGUGCUGAGAAGCAAUAUAGGGGGGUUAUCUCUGUUGGGUGAUGGAAUUGAGUACAUUUCAGAUUUGACAGAGAAUUUGCUACCGAUCGACGCAGACAUGUCUAAGGUGACCAUUUCUAAGGUUCCAUAUCCCUCUCAGACAGAACUGGCCAGGUUGGUAUAUCAGGCAAGUCCUAGCGCUAGUGUUGUUGCCCCGCGUGGUGAUAACGGGUUUGCAAAAGUCUUGUUGUGCCGAAACUAUGGCACCCUCGAGUGGCUUUCGGAGCUCAACAACGGCAUGUACCAUGGCCGCUACUUGCUCGACACAGUCGGAUGCAGAGAGCAGGAGCUUGAAGAUGAGCAAGCUGACAAGGUAGUUGAACAACGUUUCUCUUUCUCCUUGUUUAAUCCUGCAAAGCGUGUGCGCAUAGCAGCGUGUGCCAUGAAGAGCCUAUUGUCUCGCCAUGAUAUUGGUGUUGGUGAGGAGAUAGAUAGAGUGGUAGAGAUCUUGGAAACCGUAUCCAGUGAUCUCAAAGAGUUCAUGAUGCUCAUACAAAAUUGCCAGCCCAUGCAUCGUCCUUUGCCUACCAAUAUCUUCAUCGAGGGGCAGAUGUUCGGCCGAUAUGUUGAGAAAGAGAGGAUAAUCACCUUCUUGGUGCACGAUGGUGGUCCGUUAACUGGGGAGAAAUUGGGUGUGCUUCCCAGUGUCGGCGACAUGGGAGUCGGGAAGACCACCCUUGUGCAGCAUGUCUGCGAUGAUGAGAGGGUGCGCCAACACUUUCCAAUAAUUUUGUAUUCCAAUUUCUCAUACACCAGGGCAAUGGCAUGGGGUGAGGCACCGUUUGUUCUAGGAUCCAAACACGCAGUUAGAGAUGCUAAAAAAUUCAUCGAGUCACUGCAUGUACUCGAGGAGAAAUACCUCACCAAGAGGUUUUUAUUGGUAUUUGAAGAUGUUGACACGGGCAAACAACAGACGCUAGAAGAGUUACUGCCGAUCUUAAGACAUGGCAAACGUGGAAGCAGGAUCAUAGUCACCACAAACAGCAAGACUGUCGCGGCGAGCAUGGGAACAGUGCAGCCGGUCAAUUUGAAGGUUAUGCCGCAUCAGGAGUACUGGUUCUUCUUCAAGGCACAUGCGUUUGCUGGCAGAGAUGUCGAGGAGGACCCGAGGAUGCCAGCAGCGGGCAAGGCAAUUGCAAGGAAGUUAAAUGGGUCCUUCUUCGGAGCGAAAAUUGUCGGUGGGGUGCUGAAAGCUCAUCCAAAUCCCUGGUUCUGGAACAAGGUGUUGAGGAGCAAUAUUGGGGGUUGUCUCUGUUGGGCGAUGGAAUUGGGUAUAUUGCAGAUUUUGCAGAGAAUUUGGUACCAAUCUACGUAG